AUGGCCGAACCCAGGAUCACCCUGCAUUCCUUCGAGUGUGCCAUUCGCCGUGGCGAUAGCUUCCCCAGAAUGCACUCUUCUACAUCCGUGGCUUCCUCCUCGCCUACCUCAUUGCCGCCAGCAUCAUGA